AUAUGUAAAAACUCAUGCUAUAAAUACAUUUGAGAUGCUCUGCCGUAUUUCUUGUUAUUUUAUAAAGUGCAACUGAAGAGCUGCAGUGACACGGAUACUGAAGCAAAUCGACAUGUGCACCGACUUCAAAUCUCUUCCGAUUAUAGAUGUUAGUUCUCUUCUGGCCAAAUGCGAUGAUCCAGACAUGGCUAGCGACCCAACUGUAUGUGAAGUUGUUAAGCAACUGGACCAAGCUUGUCGAGAAGUUGGAUUCUUCUACGUGAAAGGCCAUGAUAUACCUGAUUCUCUCGUUAAAGAGGUUAAAAUUCUCGGGCACAAGUUUUUCAAUCUUCCGUAUGAAGAAAAAGUAAAAAUCAAGUCUUCUGCUGCCACUGGAUACAGGGGAUAUCAUGGAAUUGGAGAAAAUGUUACCGGAGACACUCGUGACUUGCAUGAAGCAAUCGAUUGUUAUAGAGAAAUGACACCGGGGAUGUAUGGAGCUCUUGGCAAAACCUUUGAAGGAUGCAAUCAAUGGCCAGCUGAUCCACCAAACUUUAAAACGCUUAUGGAGGAAUACGCAGCUUUUUGCACAGACCUGUCAAGAAAAAUCCUCAGGGGAAUUGCUCUGGCAUUGGGCGGAGCAGCUGAUGAAUUGGAACGUGAAGUAGCGGGAGAUGCAUUUUGGGCGAUGCGCAUUGUUGGUUACCCGGGUGUACAGAAAAGCCAGGAUUUGACUGAAUAUGGCAUAGGAUGCGGAGAGCAUACAGAUUACGGGUUAUUGGCAUUGCUCAAUCAAGAUGAUGAUAUAACUGCACUUCAGGUGAGAAACGUGUCAGGCGAGUGGAUAUCCGCACCCCCAAUUCCUGGAACAUUUAUAUGCGCCAUUAGCGAUAUGCUUAAGAUUUGGUCAAAUGGUCUGUAUGACUCAACUAUGCAUCGAGUUAUCAACAACUUUCCGAAAUACCGCGUCUGCUUACCUUAUUUUUACGAGACCAACUUUGAUGCAGUUGUUGAGGCUUCUGAUAUUUGUAUAAAGAAGACUUGUGGUAUUAAAAAGACUGGAAGAGCAGUUUAUGCAGAGCAUUUAGUGAGCAGUGUGCAAAAAGUUUUACCCUUUAUUUAAUCCCUUAAAAACUGUCCUUUAAAUAAUCUCAAGCCUAUGUUUGGGAGAAUUUUUUGCAUAAAGACCAUAUCCACCACGUGAUUUGUAGACGAAGUCGAUAAUAUUUUACUC